AUCGGAAACGAGCUCGUUUGCUGAAAUUAAAGAUUCUUUUCGUAAAUUGGCUAAGGAGACUCACCCUGACCUUGCUCAUUCCACACACACUUCAUCUUCUUCUAACCGGUUCCUUGAAAUACUAGCUGCUUAUGAGGGACUGGAGAAGGACCUACCACAAGGGUGUAUUGUAUGCAGUCUUACCUUGCAGUUCCGUUCAUCAGAGGCUGUUUUCAAGGCUUGAACCCAUGACCUCAUGGUUACAUGGCAACAACUUUACCAAUUAUUUAAAAGUGUUAAUCUAUUUUUAGUACAGUGGGCAAGUAAAAGUGAACAAAGAGAGUACUAUUUUAUGUAGUUAUUUAAUACUAGGGGUAGUAUGAAAAAAAAGUAAUAAAACUCUCGUAAUUUGCUAAAAUGGACAACUAAAUGUUGUGUAGUAUGUAGAACAUUGGAUGUUUGACUCUGCCUCUUUGCAAAAUAUAGCUAGUUCAAGGUUAGAUAGAGGAGGAGCGUGGUGGAGGGACUGAGUAAAAAUUACUUUAAUUAUGAUGAUUCAUCUGAAUAUUAAAUUUGUGAACAGAGCGGAGUGGAUGCAGACGACUCAUUAACUCGCCGAAUCAGUUUAGGAAUAAGGAGUACAAAAUGAUUGGGAUAUGUAAGAACCACAGCUAUCAUGUUGAUUGACAGUUUAAGUGAACAUAAGAGAAAUAUAAGCAUAGGCUUUUUGCAGCUAUCUUCUCAAUUCAGGACCACAUGCACUAAGCUAGAAUAUGGUUUGACUAUCCAUUCAAAGAUGUAUGAACUGUUUUCCUGGCUAUUACAAUUUGUUUUGGACUUUUGGUAUCUUCCAACAUUUAUCAUGGUAUAUCCAUUUCAACACAUGUAAAGGUACCGCCAAAUUGUGAAAGAAAAAGGGCCAUGAUAAAUGGCAAGCAUGUGUUUUUCUCUGGGAGAAUGAGAUGAGGUGAAAUCAUGUUACUCUAGGAAAUGGACACCACUAUGACAGAAUGGAAGCUUUUCAUUCUUAGCUAAUGACUUACUUCAAUAAAUCAAUAUCCUAGAAGUCCUCUAGAAUUUCUGAAUUAUUACAAAAAUGAUAUGUCACACAUAUACAUGGUGAAGAGUGAUACUUUUAUGUAUUAAAGACGUACAAGUAUUUACUUGGAUAAUCAAUGGAAUGCAGAUUUUAUCCGAUUCUGUGAAGAGAGCGCAUUAUGACCAGUAUCUCUCAUCUCGAAAAGCACCUGUUUAUAUGCGUUCUAGACAAGGUUCUAAAAUGUGCAUGUAUGAAUCAUAUAGCACGUCAAUCAAGGAGAUGGAAGUUGUUGAAUGGUUAAAGUGGUAUAGACAAACAGUAAACGACAUAUUGGCUGAAAAAAGGGCAGUUUCUGGAUCAGGCUAUUUUGAUUCACUGGAAAGAGAUUUCUACUCAGCAUUACAUUUAGCAUAUUAUGGCCCUGAGAUUGAGUCAGAUCUCCUUCCUGAGUUUUUUGAAGCUGAAGAGCGAUCAGUAUAUGAAACAACUGAGGUUCUGCACCUGGUUUCCGGGCGAGAUCUUUUUGGCAUGGUUUGUUUAACCAAAAAUGUCCCUGAACUGCCAUAUGCUUCUAUGGAGAAUCUGGCCUCCUUAGCCGCAGACUUGUGUCAUUCCCUCGAGAAUAUCCCCAUGAAAAUGCAUUUGGAGACAGCUGCUACUGGUUCUAACCAAAAGCAAUUGAGAAGUUCCAAUUACCAUAAAUCUGAUGCGUACAGAAACUUAGAAUUGCAUGUUGGAGGGAGGCUUGUUGCUGUUGCAACAAGAGUUCCACCUAGGAGUAGAUCUUAUGGGAUACAGAAUGAAGGUUUUGAUGACUGCAUCCAUGUUUACCUCAACUCACAUGAAGCCCCAAGAUUUCCCAAAAGUAAGUUAAUGGACUUUGGAUUGAAGUCUGCCAUUCCACUGGGAAUGAUAGAAGGAUUGGGGACCAGUCCUGAAGAAGGUUCUUGCGAUGUUUAUGACAGCAAUGGGGUAAAAACCCAUGAGAUUAUGAAGCAUCGAACAUUGCUGGUAAGACACAUGCACUGGUAUCAAUUAGGAGAUGAAGUAUCAACUUGUGAGUGCAGAUGCAGCAGAGCUAAGCUACCUCCGAGCAAAUUUUGGCUUUUUGAACCUCGAUGUGGCAUGCAUGAUAUUGGAGGUUGGUAUGUGGAGACAUUUGGCAGAGAUAAGAAAGGCCGAAAUGUGCCAUCUCAGAGGUAUUGGGAUGGGUUAGAGGCAAAUGAUCUCUUUAAGAAGAGAUUACAUCCUGCAAUGUAUUUGCUUGCUCUUGCCUACAGGACUCUAGAUAUUGAACAUUCAAGGAGAAAUAAACUGAGAAUAAAGGAUCUUAUGGAGUCAAACGUAUCUAGAAUUCUCAGCUGGUGCAAGAGGCUAGUACGCUGAAAGCCUAGUGACAUUCAGCUUUAUCAUCAUAUCCUUGUUCAGCCCCAGAAGCUAUCAGGCAACAGUAUAUUUUUUUUAUGAGUGACAAAUUUAUGUUCCAUUAGCACAAAGGCAGUGCUAAAAGUCAUAUUUGCAAUUCUCAAAAAGAGCCGAUGAAACAGAUGAAUCGCACUUGUUAAAGAAUCCUCAUAUAAGCUAGGCCGUUGAUUUGGAUGGCUCGUGGAUUGAUGAGUCGAACACCAUAAACCUUGAACACACCAGAUUUUCUUAUAUGCUGCCAUUUAAUUCACCAAGCACUGUGAUGCAGCUUAAAAGUGCUCUUUCAACCGCCUGCAUCUCCUGGUCUCUCAUUUUUGGCGCCACGACCUAAUGUGAUAGUACGUAAGGUGACUUUGUUCUGUUAUAAUUUAGAUUGGUUACUGGAUGGGGUAGAUUAAUAUCUGAAGCCCCGUCAAGAAAGAUACUGUGUGAAUGUGAAGAAUUACAUGUUUAAUGCCCUUGGCAUGGUCUUCCGCGACACUACAUAAUGCUAAAUUUUGCUGAUCCUUACAUCUUGAAAGCCAUAUUUGGAUCAUAACAUUAUGGCCUGAAAAGGCGUUUGAUGCCUAAUGUUGAAACCGAGUUAACACCUCAAACCAAGGGAGUGGAGCAUUGAGAUUUCGGGGAGAAGCAUGGUGUUGACACAGUUGACAGCUAUUACAGUUCUCGGGUGCUGGCUUGCAUUGUAGGGAGACUUUGAUCAGAUGAUUGGUGUGCACUUGUUGUAUACACGAUUCUUGUACUUUUGUUCUUGACAUACAGUUACACUGAUAUAUAGGACAUCAAAUAGUUGUUAUGAAAAAUAAAACUGCUGGUGGUUAGUAUCUUUGAGUUGCAAUUACACAAAUCUUGUAAACAGUUGGAAACCUUUUAUAGUGGUUUUCUUAUCAUUUUAUUUAAGUAGGUCUCCCAUUUGCAAUAUUGCA